AGCAAGUUGCCAUCCUCCUUCGAUGGAGCUGCCCAAGAUGAAGAAGAAAUGGAUAUAAUGGAGAAAAUGAUCUUCAAAUCCAAACAACAACCUUUGGUCCCAUUGGGAUGUCUUGCUACCACUGGUGCAAUUAUUUUAGCAACAAGAUCAAUUAGACGUGGUGAACGAGUUAAUACACAGAAAUAUUUCCGUUAUAGAGUUGGGUUUCAAGCUGUAACUUUGGUUGCCUUGGUCGUUGGUGGUUGGUACUACCAAAAGGAAACUAAAGAGCAAAAGAAGACUAAAGACGAUAAGUUAAGGGAAAAGGCAAAAUUAAGAGAAUCCCUUUGGAUUGAAGAAUUAGAAAGAAGAGAUGCAAUUAUCCAAGCUCGUAAAAAAAGAUUAGAAGACUCUAAAAAAGAAUUAUUAGAAGUUGCCCAACAAGGUUUCAAUCAAGAAAGAGUGAUUGAAAAAACUGAUGAGCUUCAAGAAAAUCAAGCAGAUUUGAAGAAACGUAAUAAAGAACUUGAAGAUCAAAUUAAAAAGAGAGAACAAGAACUAGAAAAUUCUAAAUAAUACGUUUAUUGCCCGUAACGAUCUUUUAUCAGACCAAGUACAUAAAUCAU